AUGGCACAAGUCUAUACAGAUCUUCCAGAUGACUUAGCUAGAGCUGUGGAUCAAAUUUGUUCUCCUUUAUAUGCACAGAUGUUCGAAAAAAUUGCUAAAGAACAGCCUAAUUCGCUUUCAAAUGAAGAACAUAUUAUGCUUAAGUACUAUCCAAACUGUGUUUUACGAUAUGAAGGAAAUCGACGCCUCGAAAUAAUUGAACGAAUUCGACGUACUCAUCUUAAAUGGUUCGAUAGGUGGUUAAGUGAACAGAAUACUGGAUUGCCACCAUAUAUUGAAUGGAAUUCGAUUAUGUCUGAAAUCAUGUUGCAUGCGACCAAUAUAUUAUUUCGAAUUGAUCUUGGUAAUGUCAUUACUAGCAAUGAAACGCACAAUGAAUGUCAACAAAUCGCAGAUACUAUCAAACAUAUUUUACUGUCCAUCAGCAAAGCAAAUCCGAUAAAUAUUGAUCGAGCUGCUGUGCCUCUUAUUCAAGACCUUCUCCUAAUUCUUUUCUAUUUUACGCUGGAUAAUAAACUUGCUAUUUAUCUUAAAAGUCUUGAAUUAGUCGAUCUAAUUAAUAUUCUUACACAAACAUCAAACAAUGAUGAUGAAAUUCAUUUACAAGCCUAUCGAAUUCUGGCAGUUAUUAUGACGGAAACAGAUAUAAAACAACUGCAAAAUUCGAGUAGAAUAGCUACUGUCUUUAUUACUUUUAUUAGAGAAACUAUUGAUAGUGGCAUAUCUUAUGAAGCUCGCCUACACAAUAGUCUUCAAAGUCUUAAAGUAUUAACACAGCAUGAUCAAAUUCGUGAAGAAUUGAUCAAACAAGAAGGUCAUUCACUUUUUCUUCGAUGUAUUCUGGAAGAUAAAUUUCAUCCCCUCAAAGCUAAACUUCCUGCACUUGAAAUUCUUCUUGCAUUGACCUUCAACAAAGACUUUGCUGCUAAACUCAAAGACAACAUCACUUUCGUCAAUCAUAUUCGAACAUUGACUUCAUCAUCACAACAGGAACUACAACUAGUAGCUACUGCAUUGAUAUGGAAAUUAGAAAAAGAAUCAGAAACCACAGCCAAAAUCGUUCAACAACAAAUUUCUUCAAUGUCUUCAACGACGAUAGUCAAGAAACAAUAUGAUAUUAUGAUCAGUUAUUCACAUAAUGAUAGAGAACUUUGUCAUCGUAUUCUAAAUUUUCUCGAAAAAGAUCAAUUACGUGUUUGGAUAGAUUCUCGAUUAAUGCAUGGUGCUACAUUUGAUGCAAUGGCCAAAGCUAUUGAGAAUGCAGAAUUCGUACUUAUCUGUAUGUCAGAUGCUUACAAACAAAGUCCCUUCUGUGAAAUGGAAGCUAGUUAUGCAAUUAAACGUCGUUGUCAUAUUAUUCCAUUAGUUAUGACAGCUAAUUACAAAGCUGAUGGAUGGCUGGGAGUAUUAACUUCAGCACUUAUUUAUGUUGAUUUUCCAAAACUUGGUUUCGAUAAAGCUUAUCAAGAACUUAAGCGACAGAUUGAUUUAUAUAGAAUGAAUGAUUCAAAUUCAAGACUUGUCAAUCAAGAACAAGUUCAUCAUAAUCCUAGUUCAAUAGUGGAUGUUAUACCGAACACAGUUUUAACCGUCGACAAUAAGAAAGAACCACGUCCAGUUGUAACAUAUCCACAUUGUAUUGAUUUGUGGACUAAAGACCAUGUCAAAUCAUUUCUUCUUGACAAAGAACUUGAUGCUCUUCUACCUGUUCUUGAAGGAAUGAACGGAAAAUUAUUAAACAAAGCUUAUUCAAUGUGUCAAGCGAAUAAACAAGGAAUGUUUUUAUCGUUGAAAGAAGAUGUUAACAAAUCACAGCGUGCGACACUUACUUUAAAAGAUUAUCUUACUUUUCUCGAUGAAAUCAAAAUCUACAUACCAUUGACACAAAACAACUCAUUAAUUACUACAUCAGCUGUAUGUAAUCUAAUGUGA